ACUAUGCACACCUGCACAUCCACCGCACACCAAGACAUCAACAAAAUCAAGGACAACAUUUUCGGCCAACCACGCCCAAGGAAGGGCCCAGGAGGCCAGUCGGGUCCCAACAUCUUCUUAAGACGACUCCCAGUACAACUGUACAUCUUCUCUACACUCUAAAUACACACAAAUUGGAUCCUCCGCAAUAUUUUCCCGGAAAGAAAGCUCGAUUCCCUCGGGGGCAAGAAUUAAUCAAUGGGUCGGGGGGCUUCGUCUCCAUCGUCGAUCUUCUCGUCAGUAGCCUUCUCCAUCGCGAUUUUCUCCGCCUUUCAUUUAAUCCCCCAUUCGCGUUCUCUUCCGUUCAUCGUGCUCCAUGGAAUUGGGGAUCAGUGCUCGAACAAGGGCGUGAAAAAAUUUACAGAGCAGCUGAUUGAAUGGUCCAGAUCUGAUGGAUAUUGUCUAGAAAUAGGGGAUGGAUUCUGGGAUUCUUGGUUUAUGACUCUAGAGAAACAGACUGAAGUUGUGUGUAAAAAGGUGAAGGAAAUGAAAGAACUACAGCAAGGUUACAAUAUUGUUGGUCUCUCGCAGGGAAAUCUUAUAGGCCGAGGGGUUGUGGAAUUCUGCGAUGGAGGUCCACCUGUUAAGAAUUUUGUUUCCUUGGGAGGACCUCACGCGGGUACUGCUUCAGUUCCUCUAUGUGGGUCCGGCAUCUUCUGCAUUAUAGCGGAUGCGCUGAUAAAAUCUGAAAUAUACUCCAAGUAUGUGCAGAAUCACUUGGCUCCAAGUGGAUUCCUCAAGCUUCCAAAUAAUAUUCCGGGCUACUUGGAAAGCUGUCAUUUUCUUCCCAAACUUAACAAUGAACUCCCUGAUCACAAAAACAACACUUACAAGCAACGGUUCAGCAGCCUGCAGAAUCUGGUGCUGAUCAUGUUUGAGCAUGACACUGUCCUGAUACCAAAAGAAACGUCGUGGUUUGGAUAUUAUCCAGAUGGCUCCUUUGAACCAGUGUUACCCCCAAAGCAGACAAGCCUGUAUAUAGAGGACUGGAUUGGGUUGAAAACAUUGGAUGAUGCUGGGAGGGUUAAGUUUGUGAAUGUAUCGGGAGGCCACCUCGGGAUUUCUGCAAGCGAUAUGAAGAAACACGUCAUUCCUUACUUGGAGGACGAAUCGUCGAAGAGCAAUGUGUCUUUGAACUAUUCGCCUAUCGACAGUUUGUUCUCUGCGUGAUUUACUGGCUUUAUAAGGGAAGAACCGUCCAUCAAUCAGAGCAGAGCCAUCAUUGAUUAAAGCAUUCUGGUAAAUCAGUUCUGUGUGAUGAGGUUGAUGAAAACCCAUAUCACAUUGUGACUUUUGGUUUCCACGUUUAAAAUAUGUUGUUGUGUGGGACAUGAAAUUGGAGGAACCAUUGCACACGUUUACCAAUGACUACUUUUACUACGGAUAAUUAAUUUGCUUGGUACUUUUUUAGCCCCUUGUUUGGUUGGAGGGAACGGAGGAAAGUGUAUAGUGUCAUUAGUGUGUUUGUUUGGUGGAGAGAAAAUAAGAGUGGCUGAUGUGG